GUAAGGAGCGCAUGUCAAAUGAGAGCAAAAGUAAUUCAGGGUACCUGAGCUGUUUAGCGUCAACAGACUUUAGCCGAACUAUUUGUAAGCUUACAAGUCAAAAUUUGUGUACACUGGUUGGAGGAGCGAAACACAUUUGGCCAAUGGUUCUAGUUCGUUUAGCCUAUUAUUAGCAAUCUUUGGUUUGUGCGAGAAACAAGCCGUCGCCGCCUUGCUAGCAAACAAGGUUAGUAGAAUGGCACCUUAGCACGACUGAACCAAAGCAAUGGCAAGUAAUAAUCUUCCACCGGUGCGGCAUUUACCACAGUGGACCCGAGUAGGUCGCCUGGGGAAGUCUUGCUCUCCGCGACGUUUACCUUUGAACCAGCUGCCCCCGCUGCCUGUCGCUCCGCCGGCGGAAAAAGACCGAGGAGGAGCGGGGAGGGCAGCGGAGGUGUCCUGUCAUGGCGACGUGGACCCCCGCGUGGCAUCAAUGCAAAGAAAUAUCCAGUUCCUUCAGCAACAACACAAGGAUACUCUUGAGAAGCUCCACGCAGAGAUAGAGUACCUCAGACGGGAGAAUAAAGAGUUGCAGUAUAAGCUGAUAAUGGAGCCCCCCAACUCAAGUCGAAAAGGAGCAACCCGUAGUCUACGAGGUAUUAGACCCCCCACUCAGGGAAGUGAAGCCCGUACGAGACUCUACCUGGAGCAGCCACUGCAGGACCUGCGAUCCUCACAGGACCAAGCACUAAGCUAUGGAGAUAACAGCGAUAGUCAGACAUCUGCAAGGAUGGACCAUGCUCCAGAGGUAAAGGGGGGCCUCAUCACCUCAUUACUGCCUUUGCGAAUCCACAGCGAUCCCUCUCAUCCACCACGUGCUCCCACGCUACAGGAGUGUGAGGUUAUCAUUCGGCAGCUCUACAAUGCCAACAGUUUACAGUCCCAGGAGAUAAUGCGUGUGAAGGCAUUGCUCAAAGAUAUUGUUUUGAGCAAGAAAAUCACCCCAGAAAACUUCAUUCUGACCAAGGCCUACCUUGUGGAUGGUACCCGCAAAUCUUAUGAAGAAAAAGUAUUACCAAAACUUGGUCUUCAAACCUUUCCGGUGAAAGCGUGUGGACCCCCUCAGUCUGGUGUGGUCCUCCCGGCCCUCAAACCAAGCCUUGGUUCCAACCUUGCAGAGAGACAGAGGAGGACCCGAGCUGUGCAGAGAGACCGUCUCAAAAGGACUGUGCACUGAAAGAGUCACUAUAACCAUUGCACCAGCUAAAUCCAUCUCAGGAAAGCAGCUAUUCCAGGCUAUUAGAAAAGAAAAAAAAGUCACAAGAAGUGAUUGUACCAUUGCAAUGACAUUUCGGAGUUAGUGAUAUGCAUAUGAAGUAUACAGUAUGUUGUCUAUGAUGGGAAAAAUUGUAUCCAUAUUGUUACACAAAAAAAAGAAAAUGAAAGACAGUUUCAGAUCGAGCACUGUACUGGGAGGGAGUGGUAACCUUAUUACAUUUUAUUUUACCUAAGAGUGCAUUUCAGACAUUUUAACUACAUGAAGGUAGUUAGUUUAAUGAAUUUUGUUUUACUUUUUGUUGCACAUUUGUUCGUCUGCCUAAAUUAUGGCAGAAUUAUUUGAAAUCCAACAAUUAUAAACACUUUUAAAGCAGUUAAGAAUUCAAAACUAAAACCAGCACAAAAAACCAAAGUGAAGUCUUUCAAAACACAUGCAAUGAAAGAUGCAGAAGUCAAUACAAGGCAUUUAUCUCAGGCACUUUUUGUAUUGGUUUGUAAUUACACUUUAUGUAACAGUGUGAAACUUUAACAGGCCAAAUGUAACCAGUCAUGCACACACAGUACAAUAAGGCUGUGUUGUUUUAUGAAACAAAACUCUAUUAAAUUUUAUAAAGACAAAACACUCCUUGUAUUUUUUUUUUCUGCUUGUACCAUUUUAUUUUCUUCUCCUGUAAAAUGUUAAUUUGAUCAGUUAGAGCGGCGU